CCCGCCUCUUCCUGCCGCCUCGGCGCCGACGCGGUCUGCGCGCUGCUGCAGCUAAGCGCCGAGGUGGCGGGCAUGCGGGCGCUGCUGCUGCUGCUGCGGUGGCGCAGGGGCCUGAGCGCGCACGGCGUCGUGCUCGACCUGUACCCCACCUCGUACUGGCUGCCUCCCGUCGCGCGCCAGCUGAUGCCGCACGCGCGCGUGCGCCAGCUCGAGCUGCAGGCCGAGUGCUCCGUGCUGCGGCAGCUGGUCUCCUCGCGCCUGUCUGCGUACUCGUACUACGACGAGCGCGUCGUCGCGUGGUCCGAGGUGCUGCAAGCGUACGGGAUCGGGCUCAAGGCGAUCGACACCUUUUAUGGCAGGAAGCGCUUCUCGUGCGGCGGUGGCAGCACCCGCGAAGCCUUUCACGGCCUAGAGCGCUUCCCGGAGUGGGCGGUGCGCGACGUCCGGGCACUGCCGCCUCUGCACGCCCUCGCGGGGGCCCUCCUCGAGGAGGAGGGUGAUCGAGUACAAUCUGGUGGUGGAGGCCGCUCUCUGUCUCUCUCUGUCUGGGGUGCAUGUGAGUUGUGA